UUUUUUUUUUUUUUGUUGAAUAUUUAUUCAUAAAAUGACCAAUACAGCAAAUAAUAAUAGUUUGACAACAUCAGAUCAUAAAGUAGAAAAGUUACCCCCACCCUCUGCCUUGUUUGAUCCAAAUUACUUUUACAACGGUCAAAGUGCAGCCAUGAUGAAUGAACCUGUCUCACCCAAUUCAAGACAAGUCUAUAUCCUCCCUCCUCCCUCUUCAUUACCUGGUUACCACUUGCCACCACCACCAACAUCAACAUCAACAGCAGCUGUGGCAUCAACAACAUCAGCGGCGACAGGCAGUCCUCCUUCCGCAGCACAAGUAGCUGCUACACCGGCACCCACAGGCUCAACAAAUAAUGCUUCAACGCCUCCUGCUGCCUACUACUAUCACCAACCCACUGAAUAUCACCCCCAAUACUACUAUCCUAGUCCUGUAAACACACCCGGAUUGAAAAGAGAGUCUUCCAAUUCCAUCAUGAAUACGAAUACAACAACCAACACUAAAAAGAGAUACAAAAAAGCAAACGAUGAUAUUUCGGCUGCCGCUGCUACUUUAGCUUCCUUUGCCUCUUCCAACGACGAUGAUGAUGAUGACGAAGUAGUGAAGGAUCAAGUCGUAGUCGUAUCCAAAAAGAAGAGACCCUACAAUAAGAAAUUUAAAGAUGAUGCUAAACAACAAGAAAAUCAAGUCUUAGAGGCGGCUAGAAUUUUAAUGGACAUUUCAAGAUGCGUAGUGCAACAAGUGCGUGUCGCUCAUUAGCAGCUCAUGCGUCGCUUAACCUUAAAUUCCACACGCACACACACACAAACUCGCACUCACACACACGCACACGCACACUCACACACAACAAAAAUAAAAAAAUGUAAAUAUCCUUGGCCCCCUUUUCCCUUAAUUGACAAAUACUAUAUUAAAAAAUCGGUCCUAAAUGGACGGUCAUAAAAAUAAAAAAAUUACAGUAAAGAUGGUUUUUUCAGCCAACCUUUUACGCCCAUGUUGUUUAACAUAUCAUCUAUUAUUCUACUUAAUUUUGUAAAAUAAUAUGAAUACUUGCCUCGUAAAUAUCCUUUACUCAAAAUCAUCGGUUUUACAAAAAAAAUCAAUCGGUCCCAAAGGGCCGACUGUAAUAUAAAGUAUGUCAAAAAAGGUUGUUUUAAAGUAACGUUC